AUGUUCCAGCUCUCCAUCAUCAAGGACACAGUCCCGCUGCACCCAGCGACCUUCGGGCAGGCGCCCGAGGCGGCGCUCAAGCACGCGCUGAACAAGAAGUACGCGAACCGCGUGCUGCACAAUGUCGGGCUCUGCGUCGCCGUCUUCGAUCUCGUCUCUGCGGGCUCUGGCAGAGUGCGGUACGGGGACGGGCUGUUGUAUUACAAGGUGGCGUUUCGGAUGGUCGUGUUUCGGCCGUUUGUGGGUGAGGUGGUGAUUGCGAGGGUAAGGAGCGCGGAUGAGGAGGGGGUGCGGUUGACGAUGGGGUUCUUUGAUGAUAUGUAUGUUCCGCUGGCGUAUUUGCCUCAGCCGUCUGCGUUCGACCCUUCGGAGCGCGCACACUUCUGGCUCCCCUCCUCCGAUGACGACACCGAAACCGCGCCCGCGGACCUGCUCGACUCGCCGAAGGACGCUAGAAUGUACAUCGACGCGGGCGAAGUCCUCCGCGUGCGCGUCGAGUCGGACAUGUUCUGCGACGACGAGCCGGGCCCGCCGCGCGCCGGCGAGGGUGGUGUUGCGCCGCCGCCUGUGAGGGAGCGGAGGGCGCCGUAUAGUGUCGUGUGCUCGAUUUCUGAACAAGGGCUGGGGCCGGUAGCGUGGUGGAAGGCGGCGCAGGUCGAGGGCGGGGAGGACGAGAUGAUGGAGGAGUGAAAGGGAUCUAGCCUAGGCUUCAUGGAAGGUGAAAAGCAGCGCUGUCUGCACCUGUAUUAUUGUAUGCGGUUUCCUGCAAUCCUUAUGGGUGACGGAGG